AUAACCAGAGCCUGUGAGUAAUGGCUGACAACGCAGCAGAACCAGAGCCGAUUUCUCGCAAGCGAAAUGCGCAGUCUUUGGAAUGUCACACUCGGCCAGGCGAAUCUCACGCAGCUAGCCAGCAUGACUUGGCCGGAAGCGGAAGCCAGUGCGAACCCUCGCGUUCGGAAUCUGAGCGUGUUGCGUCCAAAGGGAUUGUGGCUGGGCUUGUAUCGCGGAUAGAAAGAGGGGAGCUGGCUCCACCUUUGAAACGAGCGAAAUCGUCUGUCGAUGAGGGAAACGAGCAAGCCGAUCUUACGGCUGACGAAGCGAGACGACAUAGAACCGAGGGUGUACCGGGAACGAGAAUCGAGGAGGAAGGAUCCGCCCUGCCAGGACCAAGAGAGGGUCCAAGAGAAAGGGAUGCGGACGUGAAAAGGGGUACGGGGGAGACUCGCGGUGUGGAAAGCAAGGGUGUAGUCUCGCUGUGUGGAGUCAACAAAUCUGCAACUAAGGCUGGGAAUAAUGAGCAAGAUGCUGGAAUCGGGGAGCUGGCGGAGAAGGAGCAAGUUGACGAGCUUGCGUUGUUAAAGGAGAGAGGCAGGUUGACGUGGGAGCAGCAGUGGAUGGUGGCGGCGGUGGAGGGGGUGGUGGGGAGGUUGGUGGACGCAGAGGAAGAGGAGACGAGCCGACUGGUCGUAGCACAUCAAAGGCACAUGAAGGCGAGUGCAGCUGUGUCAAGAGCAGCAGGAGCAGCAUCAGAGGCACGGCAAGCGUGGGGGAACUUGGAAGAGGCACGAAGGCAAGCCAUGGUAGAGCUUAACGAAAGUCAAGCUGCACUCGAGGAGGCGAAGGCUCGCUUGGAGGAUCUUAGGACGGCACAGCGGCAGCAUCAGGAGUUUCUCGGGAAAAGGGUUGCUCAGCAGAAGCUGGUGGUUGAGCGGGCACUGCAGCACCUCCAGGUAUGAAUCCGAUGUAGCAACAAGAAUAGCCAGGGAAGAAUCUAUAGAGGUCAAGGUUAUAGAUGAGGGAGUAUCCAAGUUGAACAGCAGCUGGAUUCAGCUUGCAGUUGAGCAACGGAAGCUUCAAGAGCUUCUUGCAAUGUGCACCCAGAGCCACUCCGCUGUAGCCCUUCCUACA